AUGAAAAAUCUUGGAAAUCAACCUACAAACACUGAAUUAGUUGAAAAUACAGUCUCACACAUUUCAAAGUUUUCCUGGAAAACUAGAGAAGAGAAAAUUUUGAAACUUUUUGCAUAUAAAGAGGAAGGUGAGAAGCUCAUUUUCCCAAAAUUUCAAAUUUUUCCAGUGGAAAACAGCAACAUGAAAAAUCUUGGAAAUCAACCUACAAUAACUGAAUUAAUUGAAAAUACAGUCUCACACAUUUCAAAGAUUUCCUGGAAAACUAGAGAAGGGAAAAUUUUGAAACUUUUUGCAUGUAAAGAGGAAGGUGAGAAGCUCAUUUUCCCAAAAUUUCAAAUUUUUCCAGUGGAAAACAGCAACAUGAAAAAUCUUGGAAAUCAACCUACAAUAACUGAAUUAAUUGAAAAUACAGUCUCACACAUUUCAAAGAUUUCCUGGAAAACUAGAGAAGGGAAAAUUUUGAAACUUUUUGCAUGUAAAGAGGAAGGUAAGAAGCUCAUUUUCCCAAAAUUUCAAAUUUUUCAAGUAGAAAAUUACAACAUGAGGAAUCUUGGAAAUCAACCUACAAUAACUGAAAUAUUUGAAAAUCCAGUCUCACUUAUUUCAAAGUUUUCCUGAAAAAAAGUGAAAGGGAAAAUUAGAAACUUUUUGCAUGUAAAGAGGAAGCUGAGAAGCUCAUUUUCCGAAAAUUUCAAAUUUUUCCAGUGGAAAACAGCAACAUGAAAAAUCUUGGAAAUCAACCUACAAUAACUGAAUUAAUUGAAAAUACAGUCUCACACAUUUCAAAGAUUUCCUGGAAAACUAGAGAAGGGAAAAUUUUGAAACUUUUUGCAUGUAAAGAG